CGUGAUGCUAGCAGUCGCUCACAUGACGCUAGUGUUUCUGCUGCGGUUACGAGAAACUAAACAAAUCUGACCUAGUGCGUUUAUCAGAUGUAGAUUUGGCACAGCGGCAGUUCAAAGCGGUCGUAUACGUCUGCACCAUAACAACAGUUAUCUGAAGAGUCCGUUUGAAGGCGCAUAUUGCACAGUCUGCCAUCAUCUGUUUUUCUAUCGAGUGUGUUUUGAUUGACUUUGGCAAGAAACAUGAUCCCCGUCAUCCGCAAACAAAACAUGCCCUCCGGGACAAUUUUUAGCCUGCUGUUGGCUCUCACUAUACAUCAGACUUUGACUGCUGAUGUUCCUCCUACUGUGGUCGCCCCUGAAACCAGCUCUCCUCCAGCUUCUCCUGCAACCCCUGGACCCCCCGAGCGAGGCAGCUACAAUGUCACCAAUGCCACUGAUGCUGUCUGUCUCUUGGCACGGAUGGGACUGCAACUCAACAUUAGCUUUAUUUCGAGCUCUCAUGGCAAAACUGUCCAGGAGGUCUUGAACCUGCAUCCAAACCUGGUUAAAUUCUCUGGAUCCUGCGAUCCGGACAGUGCAACUCUCAUACUCACUGAGGACAACAUUACUCUGACUUUCAGCUUUUCUUUGAAUUCCACAUCAAACAAGUAUCAUCUUAGUGGGUUGGAGUUGUCAGCUGCAUUGCCUGAUAUGGCUAAGCGCCUUGUUUUCAGGAACACCACUCUGAACUACAUGGUGGGAACCCUGGGCCACUCUUACAUGUGUCAGAAGGAGAAGACCUUGAGCGUUACACAGGAUUUCUCUCUCAACACUUUCCAGCUUCAAGUGCAGCCUUUUGGUGUCAAUGGAGAUUUUGGAGCAGCUGAGGAGUGUGAUCUAGAUGAGGACGACAUGUUGAUUCCCAUUAUUGUGGGUGCUGCAUUGGCUGUUCUAGUGCUCAUCGUGAUCCUGGCCUACCUUAUUGGCAGGAAGAGAAGUCAUGCGGGCUACCAGACCAUCUAACCUCAUGUAAUCUUCAAGCCAGGAUGUGUAGGCACCACCGAUUUCUGCUCUCAUCUGGACUCAACACUAUGACAACUGCAGCUGCCUAGUUUUUAACCCGCCCUGCCCUCUGCUGGUGUCUCACCCUGCCACCGCUCAGGUGGACCUGCGCUUCCUGGACUUUUUGUUGUAUUAUGUUAAACAUAGUAUAAUUAAUGCAUACUUAAGGGUUCAGGGAAAAAUCAAAGGUGUGUUUGAGGCUCUAGGUCAUGCUAAGUUAUUGUUUCCAGGAACCAGAUUAUGCUUAUCUAGAGAAAUGCCUGGUGUUUGUUGUUAUUUAGGCUUAAUCUGGGUUAGAAAGCAUACGAUCUGUUUGGUACCUCAUAUUCUUAAAUUUAACCUCAUGCGUUUAUUUAUAUAAAUACAAGGAUUUAGGGAAAACUAAUGAGGCUGUUACUGCUCGGUAUAAAAGGGACUAGAUAUUUAACACUACUUCCUGAUCCUGAUCUCAAAGUGAUUUCAUUUGGAGUUGAACACUAUACAGCUUUUGAGAUUCAACAGAUUGGAGAAAAAUAAUUAAUUUAAUUCUGUUAAAAAAGCCUUGCAUAACAGUGUUGAGUCAGAUGUCAAUUUGGUACUAAGUUUUAAUGAAAAUAAAUUCCACAUCUAGCCUGGAUCUCUCCAGAUCUGCUGAGGCAGUGGGUACAGAAGAGAUUCUUAACUUAUACAAAUAGAAUAUCCACUUUCUAGAGUAGAAUACCCCUCAAUAACACUAAAUAGCUCUGUUUCCCUCUUAUACUACAUAUCAAAACUAUAUAGCCUGCUUGCUUCCAUUUAGCAUUGUAUUUGCACUCAUUCAAAAAUGUUAAAAAGGGAAAUUCUGCUAGAGUGAGGAUAUAUUAUGGUUUUUUGCACUACUGGAUGGACAAAGGGUGUGAUUCACACUAACACAACAGGAAGUUCUGAAUAACUUGACGUAGGUUUAGACUAUUAUAGGCCCAGGUAAAUGGUUAACUGUUACAAACACAAGGAGUGCACUAAAAACACGCUUGAUCAUAUGGUGGAUGAAUCUCUCCUUUCUAAUGCACCUUCAUAUGGAAUGACUGCAUAAAUGGAGUUGUUGUGGAUAUUGAAGUGUUGCCUUGAUUGCUAUGAAGUUCAUGUUUUAAGGGAAUGCGAUUCUAAGUUUCUAAAUAAAGUGAAAAAUAAAAGCCAA